AUUGGCGGUAAUCGGCGCCUGGCGUUCUGGCGGCUCGUCGGGCUCAUUCGUUAGAAGAGGUUAUGCAGUGAAACUCUGUGCGAAUACUUCGCGACGAAUUUUUGUAUCCUACGUUAAAAACAACCAGCCAAGAUGACAAUUGGCAAGAACAACAAGAUGCUGCAGCAUAUCAACUAUCGAGUUAGGAUUAUCCUACAGGAUUCUAGAACAUUUAUAGGCACAUUUAAGGCCUUUGACAAGCAUAUGAACCUAAUACUUGGUGAUUGUGAAGAGUUUCGCAAAAUUAAGCCAAAAAACACGAAGCAGCCGGAAAGAGAAGAGAAACGCGUGUUAGGCUUUGUGUUGCUACGGGGUGAGAAUAUUGUUUCUUUAACAGUGGAGGGUCCACCACCUCCCGAAGAAGGCUUACCUAGAGUACCAAUUCCGGGAGCUGCACCAGGACCGGGUAUGGCUCGUGCUACUGGUAGAGGUAUGCCAGCAAACGUUGCAGGAGUGCCAGCUGGACUGCAGGGACCUGUGAGAGGUGUCGGAGGUCCGUCCCAACAAAUUAUGACGCCUGGUAGUAGAGGACAAGUUUCGGCACCACCUCAAAUACAUCCUGGUGGUCCGCCACGCAUGCCAGUUGGCGGGCCACCACCAGGCAUGAUGGGACCACCAGCUGGAAUGAUGGGUAUGCCACCUGGAAUGCCACCUAUAGGACGUGGUGGUCCACCAAUGGGACCACCUGGUAUGCGAGGUCCUCCUCCAGGUUUGAUGCGCGGCGGCCCACCUCGCCCUUACUAACAAUUAGAUGGUUAAGAAAUAUUUCAUAAUAAUAUCAAAGAUAAGAAGUUCUUUUGUAAUAUUAAUGUAAUUUGUAAUCCUCAUAAAACUUUUAUGUGAAUGUAUAACAGUUUUAUAAAAUCACAAUUUAUACCAAAUAAUGAAGUCUUCUCAGGUAACGUUAAUUAAAUAUCUGUUUAUGGGAAAAAUAAUAUAUAAUAAUAUUGAACUGAAAUUUGUGCAAACAUUUCGAUUAAAAAUAAAUUUGUGAUUUUAGACAAUGGA